UCUCUUUUCUUUCAGGUUGGUUCAGCCCCCGUCUACUCCGGGGUGGUGCUUAGUCGGCGCCAGACUGACCCUCGACUCCGUAGAGGUUCUGCCGUACCUCUGGGCGCUUCUUCGUCGCCGGUUUCGGCUUCUUCAGCUUCCUCGGCCUCCUCAGCCUCCGCGGGAAGCAGAGACCCCGGUGUAUGCCCCACCCCUGACCCCACUCGAGAUAUGUCCACCCCGGCUCGGCGGCGCCUCAUGAGGGACUUCAAGAGGUUGCAGGAGGAUCCUCCAGCUGGAGUCAGCGGGGCCCCAUCCGAGAACAACAUUAUGGUUUGGAACGCGGUCAUUUUCGGGCCCGAAGGGACCCCCUUUGAGGAUGGAACAUUUAAGCUUACAAUAGAAUUCACUGAAGAAUAUCCGAAUAAACCACCUACAGUUAGAUUUGUCUCUAAGAUGUUUCAUCCAAAUGUCUAUGCAGAUGGUAGUAUAUGUCUGGACAUACUUCAAAACCGUUGGAGUCCAACCUAUGAUGUGUCUUCCAUUUUAACAUCCAUACAGUCUCUAUUGGAUGAACCCAAUCCCAAUAGUCCAGCAAACAGCCAGGCCGCUCAGCUGUACCAGGAGAACAAGCGGGAAUAUGAAAAGCGUGUUUCUGCAAUAGUAGAACAGAGCUGGCGUGAUUGUUGACCCAGGUGCAGCAAAAGAAGAAGAUGGUCAUAAGGAAAAUAUAUGUUCGUCAUGUUCCUAUGCCUCACUGUCAUUACAUUUACUUUAUUAAAAGAAAAAUAGCUGUU